GACUGCUGGUGGCAGCCAGAGCUCCAGGCACGGGCUGGGGGCGGCCGGACGCCCGGGGCACACGGCUCUUCGGGCAGAGCUGCCCCCGGCCCGCGGGACAAGGGGCCGGUCAGGAGCCAGUCAGGAGCGGGGGGCUGCCCGAGGGCGUGGAGUACAUCCCCACACGCAAGAAGGGCAAGAACCCGAUGAAGCCGGUGGGGGUAGCCUGGUACAGCCUGUACGCCCGCACACGCCUGGGCUACCUGUUCUACCAGCGGCAGGUGAAGAAGGCGCGGGAGCGGUACCCGCACGGCCACUCCGUGCCCCAGCCCUACUGCUUCCCUGGGGUGAAAAUCCUGCCCAUUCCCGUCCUCUCCAACAACUACAGCUACCUGGUCAUCGACACUGGCUCCAGCCAAGCGGCUGUCAUCGACCCCUCUGACCCGCUGGCUGUACAGGCUGCCAUCGAAGAAGAGGGGGUGAUGCUGGAAGCCAUAUUCUGCACACACAAACACUGGGACCACAGCGGAGGCAACGAGGCUCUCUGCCAGAAGCACAGCUCCUGCAGGGUGUAUGGCAGCGCGCUCGAUGCCAUCCCACGGCUCACCAACCCACUUACAGACAGGGAGAAGGUGACCGUGGGCUGCCUGACAUUCGAGGCCCUCGCCACGCCUGGGCACACUGUGGGCCACAUGGUCUAUGUGCUGGACGGGGGCCCCUUUGGCAGCCCACCCUGCCUCUUCUCCGGGGACCUCCUCUUCCUCGCUGGCUGUGGCAGGCCAUUUGAGGGCUCCCCUGAGACCAUGCUGGCCUCCCUGGACGUGGCCGUGAGCUUGGGCGAGGACACGCUGCUUUGGCCGGGCCAUGAAUACGCACUGGAGUGCCUGACCUUCGCCAGCCUCCUGGAGCUGGACAAUUCUGCGCUGGAGCAGAAGCUGCAGUGGGCGGUGCAGCAACGCCAGGAGAAGAGGAGCACGUGCCCCUCUACACUGGGGGAGGAGCAGACCUACAACCCCUUUUUGCGGACCCACCGGCCCGAGCUGCAGGAGGCGCUGGGGCUGUGGCAGGCCGGGGGGGAGGACCCCGACGCCUUCCGUGCCCGAGUCCUCAAGGAGAUGCGGAGGCGCAAGGACCUCUACCAAGCCACCUAGAUCUGCCCCCCCCGCCAGGGCCCCCCCUUUCCACGGGGUGAUGGUUGGGCACAGGGGGCCCAAGGCUCUGUGGUUUGUUUUGCUGUGAAUCUCCCUCCUGGGGUGCAGGGUUGGGGGAAGAGUGGACACCCCCUUAAGUGGGCACCCCAUAAGUGAUCCUUGCCUUUGCUCCCUCCAACUUGGGGGUCACCAGCUGUCACGUAGAAGCACCUCAAUCCCCUCUUGGGGGUCUGUAGCCCUCCACCUCAAUGCUGGGGCUAUAGGAAUGGCACCAAGGGCUUCUCCUACAAUCCCCCCCCACACUCCCCCGUUUUGGGAGUCUCAAAUUUCCCCAUCACCACCACCACCAAUCAGCCCCCUCCCCCGUUUUUCUGGGAGUCUCCAAUUUCCCUCCACCACCACCACCACAACUACUCAGCCCCCUCCCCUUGAGCCCCCAGUGUUGUGAAUCUCCUUUGUGGGGGCUGGGAUGGAGCCAGCAAGGGGAGGCGGGCCGGCAGUACUACCUCCAGGCACGGGGCUCCCAUCCUUGACGCCGGAGCCCCCCUGUACGCACACACACACAAAAACAUACACACACACACUGGGACGGGGCCAGAGGGUCGCACUGCUGCGGUGUGGCGGGUGCUGCUUCGCUGGGGAUCGGAGCCGCAAUCACCCGCACGCCCCAAAUAAAAGACUGGAUCAAUUUUA